AUGUCUAGUGUAACAGUAUCCAGCAGUAUUUCAUUCACCAGAGACCAACAAGGAGCAGGUCUGGUGGGAGCAAAGCAUAACGAUAUCAUUAAAAGACUUCAGAGGCUGCACAACCUCAGAGGGGCUGUGACUGGGAAAAUUUCAGCUGUUGAGAAAAUGUCUGCAGUUGAAGGCACCUCAGCUACUUUUCAGUGCAACCUUUUAUAUACUACAGCUAAGGUCACACAGGUCACCUGGAAGAGAAAUGACCAACUGCUUGCUACUCUUGACUCUGUUUAUGGAUCUUUUAUCAACCCAGUCUUCAGAAAGAAGGUAAUCUUGGCCCUGGGGUAUGGCAUCACUCUCCUGUCCUUAACAGCUAAUGACACUGGCCAGUACCAUUGUGACUUUCACACCUUUCCAGAUGGGAUUUACAAAGGCAACAUUUUCCUGGAAGUCACAGAACUAAGCCUUCCAGGAGAUUCAGCAGAGGCAUUGGACAGCUCCCAUUCAAGGAUCUCUUUUGGAGCCAUGGUCUCAGUGAUAAUAAUUAUUGCUGCAACAGUAAUCAUCAUGCUGGUGAUCUUGGGUGCCAAGAGAAAAACCUUCAGGAUCAAUUCAGCAAACUACGGCCUCAGGAGUCCCUCUAAACAAAAUGAAUUGAGCCCCAACUCUAAUGGUAGGUGUCUCCAACUAGAAGACACACCGAUGACCAUCAGCCAAGAUUAUCAGCAAGAAAAUGACUUAACACAAUCUCACGAAUAUUUUAAUAUCCUUAGUUAUAGAAGUCUGAGUAGCUUUAACUUACCAGUGGAGACAAGAUAA